AUGUUAAGCCAAGCAGGAAUUAUUGGAAAGGUAGAUCAUGACCGUGUUCGGGAGAUCGUUACUAUGGCUAUCAUUGAACAUGAUCUUCCUUAUUCAUUUUUUGAGUCCAAAAGGAUGAUGGAACUACAAAAGUAUUUGAAUCCUGAUUUUGAGCACGUUUCUAGAGAAACAGCCAUGUCAUAUGUUUGUGAAUUUUAUAUUAGCCAAAAGGGAAAGUUGAAACAGAUCAUGUCAAGGAGUCCUAGUAGAAUAUGCUUAACUUUUGAUUGUUGGACAACAAUAACUUCUGAAAGAUAUGUUUGCUUGACGGCUCAUUUUGUUGAUGAAAACUGGAAACUUAACAGCAAAAUACUUGCUUUCUGUAAGAUGAAGCCUCCAUACCGUGAGUUUGAAUUGGCUAAAAAUGUACACAAAUGCUUGAUCGAUUGGGGGAUUGAUAAGAAAUUGUUUUCUAUUACUUUGGACAAUGCUUUGAUGAAUGGAAAAAUGAAAGAUAUAUUGAAAAAGAGGUUGAGUUUGCAAAAUAGCUUGAUAUGCAAUGGGGACUUUUUUCAUUUGGGGUGUUGUGCUGAUAUCUUGAAUCUUAUAGUUCAGGAGGGCUUGAAAGUAAUAAGUAUUGCUUUGCAAAAUAUAAGGGAGAGCAUUAAAUAUGUGAAAACAUCAGAGGCGAGAAUUAUUAAUUUUAGGCAAUGUGUUGAGCAUGUUGGGGACAUUGACACCUCAAUGGACUUGCAAUUAGAUGUGUCCACUGAAUGGACUUCUACGUAUGCAAUGCUGGAGAGUGGGAUUAGAUAUCGUCAGGCUUUUGCUAGAUUGGCUUUGAAUGAUAGUAAUUACAAGUGUUGCCCAUCAAAUGAAGAGUGGAAGAGAGCAGAGGAAAUUUGCACUUUCUUGGAGCCAUUUAAGGGGAUUACAAACUUGAUGUCUCGGUCAUCUAAUCCGACUUUAAACAUGUAUUUCAUGAAAAUGUCAAAAAUUGAGUUGUCUUUAAAAGAAAAUGUGAUGAAUGUUGAUCCAAAGAUUCAAGAUAUGGCUCAUAGGAUGAAAGAGAAGUUUAACAAAUAUUGGGGUGAUUACAGUGUGAUAUUUGCACUUGGAACUAUUCUUGAUCCACGAUUGAAGUUUGAACUGAUAAAGUAUUGUUAUUCAUUACUUGACCCUAUAAUUUGUCGAGCAAAGAUUGAAACUAUCAAGAAGAAGUUAUAUUUUGUCUAUAGUCAAUAUGAAGAUACUGAGGCACCGUCUUCAAAAGUAUCAAUUUCAAUACCAGCAGUGCGAAAUCAGCCUACCGUUGGUGCGUGUAAUGAAGAAAUUUUUGCUGAAGCUUUUGGUGAUAAAUUUGAUUUUAAGAGUAGAGAUACUGCUUCAGCGGGAAAGUGUGAACUAGAUAAAUAUUUGGAUGAAGCAAUACUUGAACCUCACUCAUUUGAAGAAUUAGAUGUUCUGGAUUAUUGGAAGACUAAUCAGAUUCGAUUUCCCCAUCUUUCAAGGAUGGCUUGUGACAUUCUUAGCAUACCAAUCACUACAGUGGCUAAUGAAUCGGUUUUUGGCAUUGGUUCAAGUUUUCUCACAAAGUAUCGAAGCUGUCUUCUUUCAAAUAGUGAUCAAGCUCUUAUUUGCAUCCGUAAUUGGUUGUAUGGUUUUAAAUAUAAUGAGGAUGGAAUUGAUGAUGAGGAUCAAGAUUUAAACAUCAUCAGUGAUGAUGAUGAAGAAGAUUAAGUGAUGCAUUUAUCAAAUCAAGGUGAUUAGAUGAUGAGACGUA